AUAUAUAUAUGGCACUGGUAUAUGUCCAUACAAAAUGGGCAACAAGUUUCUGGCUAUAUAUACCAAGUAGCUCAGCAGAAAAUUUCCGAGCUAGCCUAUAGCAAUCUGCGCAAUCUCCUUCCGUUGCAAUAACAAGAAUCUGGUAUGGAGAGUGAAUUCAGGGGAACUACUAAUCAACCGCUGAUUGGACGCGACGACUCGUUGAAAAAACAAGAACUUGAAAAUAUUAAACAGGUUCGAUUAAGCGCACUGGAUGACCUUGUUAGCGUGAACUCCCUCUUCACAAUAGCCAUCUUCUUGGGCUUAUCCUUUGCAUCUCCCAACCAACAGAGCCUUGAUAAUCGACCCGAAUGUUCACCAGGCGUCAAGAUGGAAAAGAGGCUCGUUGUGUAUGAAGUUGUAUCAUUCGCUUGCUUCCUCUUUUCUAGCCUGGUAGCCAAAUCACUCAAGCUUUAUCUUAGUGUCCAUAGCACUGAAGAUGAUCUGAACAUUUUAAAUUAUCAUGUAAUAAAGCCAAGAAGAGGUUUUAUGAGCCUGUUAUCGGUGUUGGCAUCGGCAGUUGGGGUGGUGUUUUUGACGCUUUCAAUGGUUGAUGUUGUUCAGAUAAAAAUUGGGAAGAUGUCGUGUGGGAUUGGUGAGACUCAGGCAGCCGUAAUAUCACUGUGCACCAUUGUGGCUCUCGCUCUCAUCAUUUAUUUACCUUCAACUGUGAUGACUAUUAUAAGCAUAACGUUUGUUAGUAAGUAGAUUGGACAUUGUUCUAUGUUUGUUUAAGGUCGAAAUCCUAGCAGUAGCAGAGGGUUUCUUCACUCUUUAUAUUGAAUAAGAAAUAAGAAUGUUGUGUUCUGUUAUGUU